GUUCAUUUGAUGGCACGAUUUCAAAAUGUUAGUGUGAGAGCUGUUUUAGAGAUAUGAAGUAUGCUUCUUGGUAUCACUUCUACAUACCAAGUAUGGAUCUGUAUAUUCAUUAUUUUUGGGGUUUCAGCUGAGUGGGAAUUAUCGUGUUAUAAUGAAUCUAUGCACAUACUGUGCGGUGCGGAAAAAGCUAUUGUCAUUCAUGAAGCUCACUUUGGAUACUUUCGAGAAAUUACGUCGAUAUCAAAAUCAACUAACAAAUGCCGCCCAUACAAUGCUAGAGACUGCUGGAUCGAUGUGACCGCCAAUAUAUCUCGAAGGUGUUCUGGUCAUUCGAUCUGUAAAAGCUCAGUUCAUUAUUCAUCCGACUUGUCUUCGGAACUAUUAGCAAAAGAAUGCUCAUUUACCACUGACAUUUUGGCUGAACCAACAUUAUUUGUGGAGUAUGAGUGCAUCUCAACGACUCUUAUUACACGUAUAUCGAAUGAGAAUCAUGUGGAUCCUGAACAAAUUGGUGGCUAUUUACUUAGUUUAGAUUAUAAUGAAAUUAUUCAUAGUGGUUCAGAAUGGCGAAGUCAUUUAGCAGAGAUUCUGUGUAAUCCUAUUGUCUCAAAUCAUCUACCACAUCGUUUUUAUUUACCAACGCCUAGACUUACUACAACCAUAAGACAAUCAAUGAAUAAUAAUGAUGAUAAUCAAUUGAAUAAAGGAAUUCUAGCUACAUUUCUAAUCAGAAUAAAGGAUAUAGACUUUACUAAAUCAUCAAAUCUGAUGAAUAUAAAUGGCAUUUCAUUACCCUCUUCAGCAUCAUCGAUGUCAGCGAUAAAAACAUCACAAUUGACUCAUAAUGAAAAUCUUAUAUUAGCUACUGGAGCAGCGUGUUCAUCCGAUCCUGGAAAAGCUUGUUAUCAUGACUAUUUAUCGAUUGAUGCUCGAGUCUCUAGUUCAUAUAAUAAUAAUAAUGUUACAGAGAUAAAUGUACCAAUUCUACGCCUUUGUUUAGUCAAUAGUUCAACACAAAUGACAACAAUGACUAGUCUAACAUCAUCAUCAUCAUCAUCAGCGGCAUCGUCAUCAUCUUUCUCUUCAUUCUCACUUUCUACAUCUAAUAUAAAUGAUCUAGACUACAAAAAGUUAUAUCCAACUGAUGAAACACAAUUGGUUGGACAAGUUUAUGGUCCAAUAAGCAAUGCAUUUGGACUACAAUUCACAUCUAAUUUAAACUUACUAGAUCCAUAUAUUAUACAUGGUAAAGGCAUACUGUUGGAAUAUAUUGCUUUGUUAUGCGUUCCAAUCAAUCCUCCAAGUGGUGAUGGUGUCGUCGAUUAUCGUUUUCGUACAAAUCAAAAAACGUCACAUACAUUUGCGUAUGCUGAAGUCUUCUGUCCAUCUGAUCGUUGGUUGGAGCCAGUCGAUCCAGGAUUGGAUGAUGCUAUUUCCGAAAUUCAUCAAUCUAAUAGUAAUGAGGAUAAAACUAGUAAGCCAUGGUGGUUAGAACGUAGAAGGCAUAUAACAUUGAUCUGUGACCAUCAUGAACGUAAAUGGAGUUCAAACAGGCUACCAGAAGCCUGCUUAACAUCUAACGAGUUGGCCACUUUUGUUGCCCAGAUGACUAAACAAAUGGAAGAGAAGAAAGCGAAUAUAAGGUUGGAUAAUCCAGCUAUCAGUGAUAACAAUAGCCAUAAAGACAACCAUACCUUGACCAUGGAUGAUAUUCGUUGGCUACAGUCGAAUGUUACUACUUACGCUUCAUCAUCCUACUUGAAAGCUGCUCAUACUAUUGACCAGGAGGGGAGUAAUAGCUAUGGCUAUCAAGUGACUCAAAUCUCUUCAGUGAUUUUAGGCUCAAUACUCGGAUUGUUAGUAUUCCUUUUGGCUGUUCUACUAGUUGUGUAUAGUCUAAGACAUAAGUUAUUUGAACAUUAUCAUAAGACUAUUGAUUUAGCGGCUAUUUCGUCGUCUAAUCGUCUUGGUUCCGCGUCAUUAACUACAUUCAGUCGAUCUAAGGAUACUUUAUUAUUUCCAACAUAUAAAAAGUCUAUAUCAUCGUAUAAUACUAUUCUAUCCAAUGGAAAUCAUCAUUGUAAUCUCUUUAAAUCUUAUCCUUAUUUAAUAAGUCAUAAUGCUAUCAAUGAAAGUGUUCCAGAUCUGCCUAUAGGUCAAACAAUGAUGACAACAGGAUUGCAUAGUUCAACAAUUUCUGGUAUGAAUAAAAAAAUAUCAAAUAUGGAUUUAAUUACAGGCGGCAAUGGUGGUGGUGGUGGUGGUUAUCUUCCGCCAUGGCGUAGUUCCCUCAGAAAUAACAAUCGUAAUAAUAAUAAUAAUAAUGGUAAUAGUAAUAAUACUCCAAAUGCUAUAUCCGCGUUAACAUUGAUACCAAAUACACCUGGUUCAGAGCAUCGACAAAUUAUCAGUUCUCUACCAUGGCUUCGAACAAAUUCUACAUCUCAUCUGACAAUGACAAAUCAUGGUCAUAUAAUGAAUAAUCGAAAAAAUACUACUACUACUAGUAAUAAUAAUAAUAAUAAUAAUAAUAAUAAUAAUAAUAAUUCAGCAUUUACAGCUUCCAGUGAAACAGUUCUCUUUUCUUCAUUGAAUCCACCGAAUGGAAUACCACGUUCAUGGUGGUUACCAUGGCGUAAAAGUAUGCGAAAAAAACGACGUUUGUAUACACAAUUACAAAGACGUCAAGAGAUUCAAUCUUUAUCUCAACGUGGUCUAUUAGGAUCAUCUGGUAGUAGUAGUAUAUUGAAUAAAUCAACAUCACAUUUACGUAAUAGUCAUUAUUUAUUAAAAUCAACUAGUGAACUUAUCAAUAAGUCAUUAAGACCAGAAUCUAUACCACCACCACCACCACCACCAUUACCACCAAUACCACAAUCAGCGUCAUCAUCGAAACGAGAAGAAUUAUUACAUUCUUGUGCUUCUUCACCGCCACCGCCACCGCCACCACCGUCUUAUCCACAACAUCUUCAAAUGAGACCAUCAGAGAUGAUAAAUAGUUAUGAAAGGACAAUAUUGACAACAUGUAAUGGAAAUAAUGUAAACAAUAUUAGUGAAUUAUAUGCUAAUCAAAAUUCAUUGAAUUCACCAACAUCACUAAUUUCAAAUAUACAAUCUACAUCAUGGAUUAAUAUAAAUGAUAAUGAUUUACCAUGGAAAUUUACACCACCAAGUAGAAAUAGUUUUAGUAAUGGUAUUCGACGAUUAUCAUCAUUCUUUCGUGGUUUCAAUCAUACUACUAGUAGUAAUGGAUCAUUUACACCGCCAAAAAAUUAUCCAUCAUUUAAAAAAUCAUCUUUUCGUUCUUCAUCAUUUAAUACACGUUCAGAAAUGCCAUCAAUGCCAACUUUGCCAACAUUUAAUCAUAUGACUACAUCAAAUAUAAGUAAUCAACAUAAUAAUAAUGAUAAUAAUAAUAAUAAUAAUAAUAAUAAUAAUAACGGUGGUAAUGGAAGUUAUAUGAAUAAUACUGAACCAGUUGCCAAUCAUUUUCUUCCUGAUAGAAGACAUGACUCACUUCGACAAACUAUACGUCAUCCUACACAUCCAUUGAUACAACACGCAUCACAAGCUCUGUCAGAAUCUGAAGAUUUACACAAAAAACAUAAUCAUGUCUACAAUUUAUGGCAUAAUAAUCAAAUAAUGAAAUCAUCAUUAUUUUCUAAUCAAGAUGGUUAUCAUUUCAAUACAUAUGGUAGUGGUGAUGAUCAUACAACUAUAGGUGUUGGUGAUAUCCUAUCUAGUUCACGUAAUACAACAAAAACUAGUCUACAAGGUAGUAGUAGACUAGAUUCAUUAUUAUCAACUGAAUUAAUCGAUUUAUGCGGUGUAAAUAAUGAUCAAUUGAUACAUUUCACUUCUAAUUCAUUGACAGGAAAACAAUUAUCACCAUUCAACUCAAUGUACAAUAAUAAUAAUAAUAAUAAUCUAUUAAAUAAAUUUGAUUAUAUUAUAGAAAAGGAGAGAAAAAAUCAUUUACCAAAUAUAACUGAUCCAUAUUUAGAGCCUACUAUAAACAACCAUAAUCAUAAUAAUGAAUUAGAAGUGAAUACCAAUAACAAUUAUGACCUAUUGAAAUUGAAUAACAAGACUGAUGAACAUACAGUUCAUAGUGGAACAAGUUCAGCUAUCAGUUCCUUAGUAUUUGCUGAUGACUCUGAUAUAUCUAAAGCAUCAGAAAAUUCAUCAAAUAAAUCAGAUCAGUAUAGUUCAUUGCAUAGGUUAACACCACAAAUAUCAUCUAAAACAAGUAAAUCGAUUAUUUCUACGACAAUUUCAACCAUUCAAAGAAAUGCUAUUUCUUCUCCUACUACUGUGGUUGCCAAUACUACUACUACUACUACUAUUACUACUACUACUACUACUACUACUACUACUACUACUACUACUCCAGUUUUACAUCCACUGAAACAUUUAUCCACUAUAGACUAUGUAACAUAUGAUGAAACACGUUCAUUUGAUAAGAAUCCAUUUAAUAAGACAACUGUACAACCUACACUUCCAUGGUCUAUUGAUUAUACUCAUGAAAGUACUUGUUAUAAUCCGAAUAUAUUAAAACAAAAUGAAUCAAUUCUACCAACAUCAGUAACAUCAUCAUCAUCAUCAUCAUCAUCAAUUUCACCUGAUCAAAUACAAUUUCGUCGAAGAAGUACAAUAAAAAGUUGUGAUUCACGUCCAUUAUCUGAUGCAAUGAUCAGUAAUCAUUAUUAUGAUUUGAAUAAGAAUAUAAAUUAUCAGGAUGUCUAUAAACAACCACCACCGCCACCGCCACCAUUGCUGUCUUGUAGUGUUACUUCAUCUUCAGGUGAGGAUGGAAAAUUAACACGGAAAUCUCAUCCACCUUUACCACCUUUAUGGUGUAAUAAUGAUAACAAUAACAAUAGAAAUUUUGGCUCAUCGGACAGUUUGUAUGAAACAGUUGAUUUGCCUAAAUCACAUUCAACACUGCCAAUAGACACAACAACGGUACAAAUGAUUCAACACCAGUCAAGUAAACCAGCCUUCAUUAGUAAUGAUAAUGGUAAUAGUAUGAUGAAUAGAAUAAAUGAUAAUGUACGUCGUAAAAUGGCACUUCCGCCUACACCGAAUUCUUUCAAUAUUAAAGCACCGAUACGAUUAAUUGGUGAAAUGGAUGAUUGGAAUCUACCAAGUUCAGAUGAAUCAGAUAUGAAUAUGGUAGCUUAA